AACACGCACCCAUAUAGAAGCGGCGCGCGCGUACGCACACGCACCACUACAGCGGCGGCAACAACGACGACGGACGACGAAGCCGCUUGCCACCACCAAUAACAUAUACACUCCGAGCAGUUUAUAACCAAAGCCGUUGUCCGAAACGGUCCGGGUGGCGCUUUCAUUUCGUUUCGCCUUCACCGCACCGCUGCGCUACCACCACCCCGGCUAGCGUCUGCCACCACUGCCACCGCCGCCGUUGUCGUUGUCGUCGCGCUGCUGCUGACAAUCAAGUUCGUUAUUUAUUUAUUUCACCGGCCGCCGUUUCUUCCCCGCUACUCCACCGUCCAUUCACUCUGUUGUUGAUUACCCGCGUCGUGGUGGUUGUGCGACGUUGCGUGAUCGUCGGGGGCCGAUAUGGUGGCCGUGCUGUGAGCCAACGAGGAAACUGGCAACAUGAGCGCGUACAAAAAACGUUACAAGACAACUGCUGGAAAUAAUGACAAACAAUCGCACGGUUCAUCGCCUAGAGUGACUUUGCGCCUUACUAAUACGGGCAACAACCAAUUUAAAAGUUCAUCGUCUCGACAAGAUGAAAAGAACAAGAAAUUAGCUGAAGAACACAAUAACUGCAACAUGUCGAGCGAUACUAAAACUAUUGAGACUGAAGAAAAACUAGAAACACCUGCUCAAUCGUCCCCAGUAACGACAUCGAGUACACCGGCUACUACAUCUGCAGAAACUGCAUCUACCAGUGUGACCAAAGAAACCGAUGAUGUUAAAGAGAAUGGAUCAGGUGACACGGUUGAAACUGAAAAGAAUCUAGAAAAAGAAACUGCAACAAAAGUAUCUAAAGGUACUGAAAAUUUAAAACGCCCUCCAGCUGAAGCAGAUGAAGAAGUGAAACCAAAGAAACGCAAGGAAGAACAAAAUCAAAAUUCCAAAGGUAAAAGUGAUGCUUCCAGUCCAAAACCUGAAAGUGAUGAAGAUAAUAAAUCAAAUGGUUCAGGUCCUUCUAGUGCUGAUAGCCCAGGUGGAGGUCCCAAAGUUCCUCCCCUUAAAAUUGUGAUACCGACCACAGAUGCUGAUACUGGUAGUAGAACUAAUGGAAAAAAUGGUAAUCGUUCUCAUCAUCAUACAGCGUUACCCUAUGUUGUUCCUUCUGAAGAGUCUCCUCCAUCAUCAAACCAACCUAACUCGCCUAAAUCACCACAAAAGCAAGGGUCUGAUACUAUUAAUACUGAUGAACAGAAAUCCCCUCAAACUAGGGUACUUCGGUCAUCUAACCGUUCUGGUAGUAAUAGCAGUGGUGCACCUAGUCGAGGCAAUUCACCUUCUGUUCCUGAAGAACAGUUAGUACAGACUAAUUCACCAGCAGCAGCAACAACAACUGCAGAAACAGGGUCAACCAAUCCUUCGCCAGUUGCACGUACUGAACAACAGACUGAUAAUGCUUCAGCGCCUACAACUGUAGAAGAAAAACAGUCAACCAGCACAACCACUACCACAACUACUACUACAUCAGAAACUGCUGUAACUGCUGAACUUUCAGGGAUUGAAUUACACCCUAGGCGUCGUAAAUUAAAAGCUAGUCGAACAGAGUCUGAAAAUAGUGAUACUUCUUCUGCUGCAAAUAUUGCUGCUACUGAAACAAAUCCGUCCGGUUCAACUAAUGAUCCUGCUCCGGUUACCAAUUGUUAUCAAAUGUUUCUGAAUAUUAGAAAACAAAUUGACAAAAGGCGUAAAGGCCUAUUUCCAGUGCAGCCAAAACCACCAUCUGGUUUUAAAGAUUAUCUCAUGAACAGGUGCACUUAUGUGUUGGCAAAUAACUCUAAUAGUCGUGUAGUUAAUAUUCAAACACCAUCACCAGCCAAUUUGCACGAACAGCUUAAAAAGCUUUUUGUUGAACAAGAAAAAGAGAGACAAAGACUUCGAAUACAACAUAUUGUUGAAAAAGAAAAAUUAGUUUUGAGCGUAGAACAAGAGAUACUCAGGGUUCAUGGUCGUGCUGCACGUGCAUUGGCUAAUCAAUCAUUACCGUUUUCUGUGUGCACUAUAUUAAAAGAUGAUGAGGUAUACAAUAUUAUGACCCCAGAGCAAGAAGAAAAAGAUCGACAUGCACGUUCCCGUUAUAAUGGUCGUCUUUUUUUGUCGUGGCUUCAAGAUGUGGAUGAUAAAUGGGAAAAAAUCAAGGAAUCCAUGUUACUUAGACAUCACAAUGAAGCAGAGAGCCUUCAUGCUGUUCAGAAAAUGGACUGGGGUUGGAAGCUCAAAGAAUUACAUUUGUGCAGCAAUAGUAUUGAGCCAAAUAUUGAGGAAGAGCAUGUACCUAUGGUUCUAGUCAGUGACGAUUUUGAUCUCUUGCCUGCUUGAAGUCCUUAUUACUUAUUUUUCAUUUUUUAUCAUAUCAAGCCAUUAUGGUUAUUAUUUUACAUUUGUUGCCCUUACAAAAUUGUUAUAAACAUCUAUUGUCAUUUUAUCAAGUGUUUCCCACUUGUUUUGUGCCAUUUUAUUAAUAUGAAUGAAGUCCAGUGUGACUAAGAUAUUUUUAGUAUGCUAAGAAAUGUUAUAGUGGUGUAUUUAUAAGGGUUCUUAAGCAUUCAUUGUAAUUUUUUAUUAAUGGUGACAAAAUACAUCAUAAUUCUCAUUAAUUA